UUGCUAAGAUGAAGAAAUACAACCUAACCCAAUUUAUAUGUUUUAACCUAAAAUUUUUACUACGUUUCGUUUUGUGUAAAAGAAAUAUUUAUUUAUAAACUAUGUCCGUUAAAAGGAAAGUUUCAAAAAUAAAACGAAACAACCAAAAAAAGAACAAACUUGUUAAGCAAGGCCUGUUAAAAAAACAACCGAAGAAAUCUAAGAAUCAAAAUGUUCCAGAAAAGAAAGUGCAAAAAACGAACGAAGAAGUAUCCGAGGAAGAAAGCGACCAUGGAGAGGAUAUGUUGGGAAUGGUGGAUGAAGAUGAUCUAGAUUUUCUGAAACAGGCCAUUUCAGAUCGCAGUUAUAGCAUAUUGAACAGGGUAAAAUAUUCAGGGAAGACAAAACCAAAAAAGCGAAAAAUCAACACAGAUGAUGAAACUUUGGAAAAUGAAUACGAAGAUCAAAUCGAGGAUACAAGUGGAAAGAGAGUGAAGUCUUUGUUGCCGAUAAAAACGCAGAAAGGUGGUUUAAUCCAUAAGGAGAUUGUAGAAGACGUGCCUGAUGAAGAGAUAGAAGAUACUAUAACAGAUCAAAAGGAAGAAGUUGAUGAUAAUUCAUCGGAUUCAGGAUUAAGUGAAGAAGAAUUUAGUCUUCAGGAAACUGGUAUUGAUAUCAGUAAGCCAGUGUCAGCAACCCAACUUCUAGCAGCGAGAAAUGAAAUAUUGAGACAGAAAAAAAUUCAUAUUGGAAAUUUGAGUUCAGGUUUACUAGAAAACCCAGAAGAAAAAGUUACAAAUCUCCGAACAUUGCUGAAACUGAUGGAUGAUGAAACACCCGAAGUAUAUUUUACUGUUCGAAAAUUAGUUAUUGUGUCACUGUUAGAAGUUUUUAAAGAUAUUCUUCCUUUAUAUGAAAUAAAAAAUGUUCUUCAAGAUGGUGUAAAAGUGAAAAAGGAUACUCUAAAGCUACACAAAUACGAAGAAAACUUGCUCGUUUAUUACAAGAAAUAUUUACAGAAGCUGGAGAAAUAUUGUUUUAUGAUAAUGAAAAAGAAGGGCGAUACCAGAAAAAUUCUUGAGGAAGAUGUUAAAAUUUCUGAGCUAUCUAUUUUUGCCAUGUGCGAAUUAUUAGUAUCUCACCCCUAUUUCAAUUAUUCCCAAAAUAUCGCACAAGUUUUAGUACCUUUUCUAAAUAAUUCUAGAAAGUCUGUAAGAGACACAGUUAAAAAUGCAAUUAAAACAGUUUUUAAGGAAGAUAAAAAGGAAGAAAUCAGUUUAAAGGUAUUGCGUUUGGUAAAUAAUUAUUUGAAAACGCAUACUCACAAUGUCCGUGUGGAUCUGUUAGAAAUUUUGUUAGUGCUGGAUUUAAGAAACGUAAAUUUGGAUCAGGAUAAGGAGCAAGAAAUUAAACAGAAAAAAUUGCAAGCGAAGAAAUCAAACCUUCUGCAAAUGUCUAAAAAAGAACGCAAGAGAAAAAAGAAACUAAAAGAAUUGGAACAAGAAAUGUUGGAAACAAAGGCGGAAGAAAGCAAACAAAUCAAACAUCAAAAUCUAACCGAGAUAACGAAAAUCGUUUUCAACAUCUAUUUUCGCAUAUUGAAAAACUCGGAAAACACGAAAAUAUUGAGCGUCUGUUUGGAGGGAUUGGCAAAAUUUGCGAACUGUAUUAACUUGGAAUAUUACAUUGACAUAGUGAAUGUUUUAAAUAAGUUACUGAGCGAAGAUUGGUUGGGAUAUCGGGAACAAUUGCACUGUAUUCAGACGAUUUUUAUAAUGUUGGGCGGACAAGGAGAGGCGAUCAAUAUCGACCCUACAAGCUUUUAUAACAAUUUGUACAAGGACUUGCUCGUAACGAGCGCGGGCAAGAAUCACGAAAAUUGUCUGAUCGUUCUGAAGACUUUGGUAGAUGCUUUGGUUAAAAGAAGACGGAAAAUAACCAAUAAACGUGCGAUCAGUUUCGUGAAACGACUGGCUACUUUAAGUUUACAGGUGCUGCACAAUGGGUCGUUAGGCUGCCUGGGUCUAAUUAAAACCAUGAUGCAACUGAACCGGUCCAUCGAUAUUCUUCUGGAUUUGGACAGUUCGGGUGGCGAAGGUCAAUUCCAGGCUCAACUGGACGAUCCAGAGUACGCAAACGCCUCGAACACGGCCCUGUUUGAAAUGAUACCUCUCGGCAAUCAUUACCAUCCGGUGGUGAGGAAGUUUGCCAGGAAUAUCGCCAGCGGUGUUCCGGCUACUGGCGACGGCAGCUUACCACUGGAAUAUGGAAAACUAACAAUUGAGCAAUUAUAUGAAGACUACAGUAUGUCCGAAAUGGCCUUCAAUCCAGCCGUCCCCGUGAUGAAGAAUGUACAGCCAAAAAGUCGACCAACUAGGAGGGAUUUUAUAGAUUCGUCGUUUUAUGAAGAAUGUAAAGAAACUUUGCGUAGGCGUCAAACUGAUAAAUUCUUUUGGAUAAGCUGUUAAUAUGUUUGAAAUAAAAA